AUGCUUCGCCGUCAAGCCCGUGAACGUCGAGACUAUCUCUAUCGGAGAGCUCUGCAACUCCGCGAUGCCUCUAUCGCCGAAAAACGAGCACAGCUGAAGGAGUCCCUGGCGACUGGCAAACAGCUCGAUCCUUCAAUCGCAAACGACAAAAAUCUUCGGGAAGACUUCAAGUAUGAUGAAUCAUUACCCACUGCAGACAAGAAGAACAAGGACUCUGAUCUCCUCGACUUGGACGAUGAAUAUGCGCUCACCUCCGGCAUCGUCGAUCCUCGGCCAAUUGUCACGACCUCCCGCAAUCCUUCGGUGCGUCUAGGGACAUUCGCAAAAGAAGUCCGUCUGCUUCUGCCAACCUCUAUUCGUUUGAACCGUGGAAACUUAGUUCUCCCUGAUCUCGUCACUAGCGCAAACUCCGCCGGUCUCACGGAUAUGAUUCUUCUACACGAACACCGUGGUACCCCGACUGCGAUGACAAUCUCACAUCUUCCUCAUGGCCCGACGGCCAGCUUCUCGCUGCAUAACGUUGUUCUCCGUGCUGAUAUCCCCAACUCUGCCCGCGGCACUGUAUCCGAGAGUUACCCGCACCUUAUCUUCGAGGGAUUCAAGACAAGACUGGGCGAACGUGUGGUCCAAAUUUUGAAGCACUUGUUCCCUCCACGGGAACGCGUGGAAUCCGGAAAGAUUGGGAACCGCGUCGUCACCUUUGUGAACAAGGAGGACAGCAUUGAGGUCCGGCACCACGUUUUCGUCAAGACUGGAUACAAGGAUGUCGAACUAGCGGAAGUCGGGCCACGGAUGACAAUGAGACUCUUCGAGAUUAGGGGAGGCUCGCUGGAGAAGGGUUCAAGUGGUGAUGUGGAAUGGGCGCUUACACAAUACACGAGGACGUCUAGGAAGAAGGAUUACCUCUAG